CGAAGCACGCUUGAUCUCAAGGGAGCAUUGUUAAUUUAACAUGGCUCCGUGCUGGGUGUCUCAGCGACAAGAACCUCGCAAUCUCUAACCUGGGUGACGCGACUGUUCUCAAAGUGUUCGUUAUCCUUCCUAGAAGGGCCACGCGGACUUCACCUCAACCCCCGAAGGGUUCGAGAGGGCCCUAGGAACCCUCAGAAAGGGUCACUCAUUUCAGUUGAGUCUCUGCGGAACAGACUGGGUCACACACCACUUGGUUGGCCAGAUCAAUGCGAAGCUGAAGACUCCUUCCUGGGGAUUUUAACGCUAGGACCCAAAAGAGGUCAAUGUUUCUGCUAGCUGCUUUCAGGGCUUCAGUGGCUAUUCUUCAUUGUCAGCCUGACUAUAUCUGGAAUCAACUACAACCCAGAAAUGGAGAGCACAACUGUGAGAGAUUGUCUGCUUAACGUGGGUGACUCUACUUCUAGUCCAGACCUUUGAGGUAGGAAGACACACAUCUUUAAUCCAGAUCUUGGAGGUGGGAAGACACAGACCUUUAAUUUGAAUCUUGAGGUGGAAAGACACAAGUCUUUAAUCCAAAUCUUGAGGUAUGUCCAGGAAAGGCAUACCUUUAAUAUGAUCCAUACCUUCAGCUGGACAUCUGUGUAAGGGCGUGGAAGAAGGAAGCUUUUGCUCUUUGUCUGCUUGCCCUCACUUGCUAGGACAUCCAUUCCUUCACCGGCAUUAGAGCCUACUUCAGGACCGCAGCGUGGACUGAGACUGCAGCCUUGUGGGACUGAGCAACUACUUAAUUCUUAGACUUUCUGUUCAUAGCUAGCCAUUGUUGGAUUAGCUGGACUACAGGAGAAGGGGAGAGAAAGAGAGACUCAUUCCAUAAGUUCUGUGACUCUGGAGAACCCUGACUAAUACAGAUUUUGGUAUCAGAAGUGAUUCUAGAGAAACAGGAGUAUAAAGAUGAAUAUUUUAAGUAUCUGGAAUAGGCAUUUCAGUCCACCAGCUCCUUCAGCUACCGAAGCCUCUGCAGUCACCCCCUCUCCUGGGAGCUCGGAGAGUACUGAAAGCCCAUGGUACGAACUGUAUUACAAACUUAAAGAGAUAAAUGAAUUUGAUUAUCCUGACUCAACAGCUGUGAGCAACAGUGGAUUAGGUGACCCUGUAUAUGAAACUUUUGACAGUUUGGGGGAAAAUAAGGGAAAUGAUGCUGCUGGUUGGUUUCUUUUAGCAUCUCUGGAUAAACUGAUAAAGGAUAGGAAUGAACUCCGGGAUAAAAUUAACCAACUUCAGAAUAUGAUGAAGGACAACAAAGAACUUAAUGAUAAAAUUGAUGAACUUCAGAUGCUGGUAAAAAAUCUAAAGGUUUCUAAAUCAAAAUCUAAAGAUUCCCUGGAAGAGAAUCUUCUCUCCAGCAGCCACAAAGCUCGAUGUAUGGAAAAUCAAACUGAAGCUCUCAUUAUAAGGUUAACUGAAUUACAGGGAAAAUUCAAGUCCCAGCCUCAGAGGGUGUCAGCAGGUAAAGUAAGGGUGUUAACUGGUAAAGAAUGGGAUCCUAUAACUUGGGAUGGGGAUGUGUGGGAGGACCCUAUUGAAGUUGAGAACUUUGAAUCCUCAGAUUCUCAAGGGUUUACCUCACCUGAGGAAGUAGUCCCCUCAGCCCCACCCCUUGAAAUACUGCCUUCUUCACCUUUUACUGAGGAAAUUAAUCCUUUAUUGUCUAUUGAACCAGCAGUGACUAUCUCUGAAGGAAAUGCCAGGCAAGACAAUACUGAUGUCUCCCAGAGCCCCAAAAUAGUUGCCUCUAGACCUAUUACCAGACUUAAGGCUAAGCAAGCUCCUAUAGGGGAGGUAGAAAGUGUAGUCUAUGAGGAAAUACACUAUACUACUAAGGAGCUUAAUGAGUUUGCUAAUUCAUUCAAGCAGAAAUCUGGGGAAUAUGUGUGGGAAUGGAUUUUAAGGGUGUGGGAUAAUGGUGGAAGGAACAUAAAAUUAGAUCAGGCUAAGUUUAUUGACAUGGGCCCUCUAAGUGGAGAUUCUAGGUUUAAUAUGGAAGCUCGCACAGUUCAAAAAGGUGUCAAAAGUUUGUUUGAAUGGUUGGCUGAAGUGUUUAUCAAAAGAUGGCCAACUGAGAAGGAGUUGGAGAUGCCUGAUAUCCCUUGGCUUAGUGUUGAGGAAGGGAUUUUAAGGCUCAGGGAAAUUGCAAUGCUAGAGUGGAUACACUGUGUAAAACCUAACGCUCAACAAUGGGAAGGCCCUGAAGACAUGCCCUUCACUAAUCCAAUAAGACGCAAAAUGGUGAGAGGGGCACCAGCACAUUUGAAGAGUUUUGUUCUCUCCCUUUUGCUUGUGCCAAACCUUAGGGUUGGAGAUGCUGCUGCACAAUUAGAUGAAUUAAAUACAAUGGGCUUAAUUGGUCCUCGGGUUAGCAGGAGCCCAGUGGCAGCAUUGAAUCGACAAAAGCAAGGUGAUCAUAACUAUUGUAUGGGCAGCAUAGACAACACAAUGUUCAUAAUGGCAUGACUCUACGGACCUUUGGUACUGGCUCAUCGUUCAUGGUGUUUCCAGGCGUGAGUAGAUAAGAAGUCUACUGAAUAUUUGAUCUGUAUAAGCGGAAAAAUUCUCCAACAAAUGAAAGGCUACAUUGAAUCAUGGCACAAGGCAGUCUUACCCAGUGAAUCAAUUUUCAGAUUUGAGGCAGUUUGCAGACCCAGAGCUCCUUGAAUGAAGGAAUGGCCAAGUUCCCCUGAGGAAGGACCUUGUUAAAACACCUUAAAGUUUUAUUGUUAAUUGGUCUCCAGUCCUUCCCCCAGAGGGACAUAUGGCCUUUUAUAAGAGUAACUGUACACUGGGGGAAAAGAAACAAUCAGAGUUUCCAGGGUCAAUUAGAUACUGGUUCUGAAUUGGCACUGAAUCUGGGAGAUCCCAAAUAACAUUGUGACCCUCCAGUUAGAGUAGGGGCUUAUGGAAGCCAGGUAAUUAUUGGAGUUUGGCUGAAGUCCUACUCAAAAUAGGUUCAUGAACUCAUCCUGCCCCAGAGUGUAUAAUUGGGAUAGAUACAUUUAGAAGUUGACCGAAUUCUCACAUUGAUUCCCUGACCUGUAGAGUGAGUUCUGUUAUGGUUGGAAAGGCUAAAUGGAAGUCUUUAGAGUUGCCUGUGCCAAAGAAAACAGUGAAUUGAAAACAGUAUUACAUCCCUGGAGGAACUGCAGAAAUUAGUGCCAGCAUCAGGUUCUUCAAAGAUGCAGGCACGUUGGUUUCUACUACAUCUCCCUUUAACUCUGCUAUCUGGCCAGUUAAAUGACAGUUGGCCAUCAAAAACUCAAGCCAGGCGGUGGUGGUGCACGCAUUUAAUUCCAGCACUUGGGAGGCAGAGGCAGGUGGAUUUCUGAGUUCGAGGACAGCCAUGGCUACACAAAGAAGCCCUGUCUUGAAAAGAAAAAAAAAAACAACUCAAUCAAGUAUUAACUCCAGUUGCAGCUUCUGUACCAGAUAUAGUGUCCUUACUUGAGCAAAAUAAUAAAUCUGUUACAUGGUAUAAGGCUACUGACCAAGCAAAUGCCUCUCAGAACCUGUUCAUAAGGACCACCAGAUGCAAUUCCCUUUCAGAUGGCAAGUCCAACAGUAUACCUUUACAGUUUUACAUCAGGGAUAUAUAGACUCUCCUGUUCUGUGUCAUAACUUAGAAGGGAUCUUGAUUGUCUGACUUCCACAAAAUAUCACAUUGGUGUAUUAUAUUGACAACAUUAUGCUCACUGAACCAAGUGAACAGGAGGUAACAACCACUUUGGACUUAUUGGUAACACGUGUAUAUAUAUCAGAGGAUAGGAAAUAAAUCCAACCAGAAUUCAAGGACUAUCUACCUCAGUGAAAUCCUUAGGAGUCCAGUGGUGUGGGGAAUACAGAGAUAUUCCUUGUAAGGUGAAGAAUAAAUAAUUGCAGUUGACCCCACCUCCCACCAAGAAAGAAGCAUAACGUUUAGUGGGCCUAUUUGGAUUCUGGAAGCAUUCCAAUUCUCACAUGGGUAUCUUACACCAGGCCAUAUACUAAGUGACUAGGAAAGCUGUUAGUUUUGUGUGGGGCCUGAGACAGGAGAAGGCUCAACAGAUCCAGGCUACUGUAUAGGUUGUUCUACCACUUGGACCUUAUGAUCUAGCAGACCUAAUGGUACUUGAGAUGUCAGUGAUAGACAGGGAUGCAGUUUGGAGCUUUGGCAUACCUAUCAGAGAGACCAUUGGGAUUUUAGAAUAAGGCUCUACCGUCAUCAGCAGACAGCUAUUCUCCCUUUAAAAUACAGCUCUUGGCCUGCUAUUGGGCCUCAGUGGAAACAACAUUUGACAAUGAGCCAUGCAACCUGAGGUGCCCAUCACCUCUGAGCUGAGUAUUAUUGAGCCCACCAAAUCAUAAAAGUAGGAUAUGCACAGCAGCAAUCCAUUAUCAAAUCUCAAGUGGUAUAGAGCUGGAGAGAUGGCUUAGCAGCUAAGAGCCCUGGCUGUUCUUCCAGAGGUCCUGAAUUCAAUCCCCAGCCACCACAUGGUAGCGCACAACUGUCUGCAAUGAGAUUUGAUGCCCUCUUCUGGUGUGUCUGAAUUUCAUAUACAUAAAAUAAAUCUUUUUUUAAAAAUGAAAGUGAUAUAUACAUGAUUGGACCUGUGCAAGUCCUGAUGACACAAGUGACAUUGCCCAAAUGCCUAUGGUUUCUGCUGUUGUUACAGUGCAGUCUUGCUGCCAAGCAUGCUCCUGUAGCCUCAUGGGAUGCUCCCUACAAUCAGCUUACUAAGGAAGAGGCAACUAGGACCUGGUUUACUGAUGGUUGUGCACUUUAUACAGUCACCACCCAAAAGUGGGCAGCUGCAGCAUUACAAACCCUUUUUGAGAUAACUCUGAAAGAUGCUGACAAAGGGAAAUCUUCACAGUGGGCAGAACUUGGCCAGAUAAACAAUUGUUCACUGAUUCAUGUGCUGAAAAAUGGAUUGGCUGGGUAGUCAUGGACAUGGAAAGAUCAUGAUUGGAAAAUUGGUGAGAAAAACAUCUGAGAAGGAAGUAUUUGGAUAUGCAAAGGAUGAGAAGAUACUUGUUUACCAUGUAAAUGCUCAUCAAAUGGUGACUUCAGCUAAGGAGUUCAGUAAUCAAAUAGAUAGGAUGACCUAUUCUGGGGACAGUCAGCCUCUUUCUCUAGCCAUUCUUGGACUUACUGUUCACAGCUAGCCAUUGUUGGAUCAGCUGGACUGCAGCCUGUAAAUCAUUCCAAUAAAUCCUCUUGGGAGGGUAGGGUUGAGGAGAGAUUAAUUCAUUCUUUCUUUAAGUUCAGUGACUCUGGAGAACCCUAACUAGUACAGAACUAACUCUUAAGGUGUGGUCUUUUACAGGUAACACCAUUCUGUUUUCCUUCUCAAAGCACUGGUACACCUUUGCCAACUUUCCAGAAGGACUACCUAGAAUGAAGUGGUGUCUUAAGGCUAUCCUUAUAGUCAUGCCAUGACCACCUCCAGUGACCACCUCCAUCCACAUGGGUUGUUUUCUUUAAUAAAACAAAAAGAAGCCGGGUGGUGGUGGCACAGGCCUGUCUCGGGAGGCAGAGGCAGACGGAUUCCUGAGUUCGAGGCCAGCCUGGUCUACAAAGUGAGUUCUAGGACAGCCAGUUCUAUACAGAGAAACCCUGUCUCAAAAAAAAAAUUAUGUAUGUUUAAAAUAAAUAAAUAAAAUAAAUAAAACAAAAGGAGCAACUGUGGCAAUGCAUUGUGAUUAAAAAUAUCUCUUACAUCCUAAGAGACGAACUUUUUACCAGCCCUCACAGGUGGAAUUAAUAAUACACCUUGAGGUCACUUAAGACUGCUGUCCUAUGUGCUCUGCCUGUUUGUUUAAUUAAUUGUUAAUUUGUUUAAUCUGCCUUUAAGAGAACACUAUUAAAACCAACUUUACUUGCCUUGGACCUCC